GAAGGUGCAGUCUGCAGUCUGGAAUUCUGGGCUGAGCCGCUUCCUUCCAUUUGUUCCACAACCCGAGUCGCCCAAAUGCAGUGCAAUCAGACAACCACACACCCACAACUUCACCUCUUCUGGCGCAUCUCACCACGAUGGGACGUCGGCCCUGCAGCUGAGGCAGUGACAGGGCUGACAUCUGAAAGGCCACUAGCCAAACUAUCCUUGGAUUACCUCCUACGGAAACAGACUACGUUACCUUUCCCAGUGCCCGACCUACCAUGACCACCUCACCUUGUCGACCGUCGAUUUGUAUCCGCUAUCCCCAUGUCGCGACCGUCACCAUAACUCCAGGCAGAGACAUUCUCUGAGCUCUCGUUCGACAACUGCUGGGAAUCCAACGGGAUUGUCUCUACAAAUUGAGAAGCUUGGCUCAACAGAGCACAGUCUCCGAUCCGUAUCUACCUCACCUGCUACCCUGUUACACCUCGGCUUGGGCGAAAAUCUCGCUUCCAUCACCUCAAAUCGCCAGGGAGUGGGUUUCCCACGGUUACGGGUUUCUCUCCUCAUUGUGUUUGCUGUAGACCUAGCUUGUUGCAAGGGGGUCACCGUCAUCAAUUGAUUCCAAAGACUGCUCCGUGCAGAACGAUAUACAAAGGUCGCAGGUUUCACUGCAAUACACUAAAAGGCACCCUUGGCCGUGAUUGCUAGACUCGGACUUGACACCUCGGAUCCAAAGAGACAGAACACCACAGACCAACAGCAGAACAACGACACCAAAGUCCCAACGCCGCUCCAUCAGUAAUCAGCCGUGCCAGCCCUGAGUCCAGGAACAUACAGUACUAUCCACUCGACCUCUGUCCCUGCGGACCUACGGGAGCUCGGCAUCAUGAGCACGCCAGACGACCCGCAAAUCAAAGAUCCAGCAAGCACGCCGCCGGCGUCAUUGCAGGUCCCCUCAGGCCGGAAGGGCACCAAGAAAGUUCGGACUGGAUGUGUGACCUGCAAGAUUCGAAAAGUCAAAUGCGACGAGACGAAACCCGCAUGCCUUCGCUGCACCAAGACAGGCCGGAAAUGUGACGGUUAUUUACCCUCGUCGAAGCCGGGGAGCAGCAAUGAUGGCAGUCCCGGUUCCGACGACAGCAUUUCUCGCUUGAGCCCGGCAGUCUCAGCCUUUGCCGACUGGGCCGGCGGCUCUAGGGAGCAGCGCGCAUUUGACUUCUAUCGCAACUUUUCCGCCCCAUCCAUCUUCAGCGACGGAGUCGCCUCGACUUUGUGGAAGAAAUUGGUACCGCACUUUUGUCACGCCGAGCCCGCCAUUCGCCAUGCCGUCCUCGCCAUCAGCAGUCUGCAUGAAACACUCGCGCUGCCCUCAAAUUCGGAUCCAAUUACUGAAGAAGCAAACAGCCCUCGUAUGCUUACCAACACUUUUGCAGCGGAGCAAUAUGGCAAGGCCUUAAAGUGCCUUCAGGAGUGGAAACCGACAGCAUCAUCGCCGGCCACCGUCCCGCUCCUAGCAUGCUUGCUGUUCAUAUGCAUCGAAUUUAUGCUUGGCGACGAGGGCGCAUCCCAAGUACACAUCAACCAAGGCCGCACCAUUCUGUCACAACUUGAGCCCUCUGCCGAUGUGGAUAUGAUUAAGAAGCAUUUCGUGCCUAUCUAUAGUCGACUUGGCCUCGCAUCUUUCCUCUUUGGAAGCUUCCCCGCCGCCAUACCCGCCACCCUUCAAUCGAGUCCAGCAACGAGUCUAUACUUUGCAUCCGUAGACGAGGCCGAAGUGUCUUUAUACGAACUUAUCGAUGACGGCUUGAGAUUCACGGCACAGGCCAAGAGAGCCGUAUAUUCCUGCCAGCCAGACGACCCUACCUUGCUGGACCUGGCCCAUGAACAAGACGACUUUCUCGCACGGUUGUCACGAUGGCACAUUGCAUUUGUCGUCGUCUCAGCCACCGGUACUGACGACAACCUGAGCAAACGAAAGUUGUGCAUGGUUUACUACCACGCAGCCAGGAUUGCAAUCAGUACGGCCAUGGACCCCAAGGAGAUUGCUUUCGAUACGCACACCACGGCCUUUGCGUCCAUUGUCAGCAGUUCGGCAGAGUUUGUACAAGCCACACGCAAGACGGUUCGUGACCCGUCUGAGGCCGCCAAGUCGAUGCCCAAGUUUGUUUUCGACACCGAGGUCAUCCCGCCGCUUUACUACGUGAGCAUCAAAUGUCGGCACCCGAUGCUGCGGCGAGCUGCCGUAAAUCUCCUCAAGCAAGACGCUGUGACGAAUCGGAGGGAGAACCUAUGGGAUGCCCAGAUGCUGGCUGAGAUCGGCAAGCGCUGCAUAAAUAUCGAGGAGGAGGCGGCGCGUUACCGCGAGGAGGCGUUUGACAUCACAGCUGGUUGGGAUACGGCGUCUUGGGAGGGGUCCGAUGGCGUGCCGACCGGCCUCUUCCCGGCGGAGAUGGAAUCCGGGAUGGAGUGUGACUACCCCGUUCCUCGAUUCCAAUACCCGCAGAUUCCCAAAGCCACAAACUCGCAACAAAAUGAGGAGUACGAGAGAGCGCGGAGUCUUGUCAAUGAUCUGAUGCUGGAUAGCCACCUGACGCCCGGGUCUGCGUCUACGGGAUCAACGCCAUCAUCCGGGAGCGUUGGUAAUUUUGGCGCCUACCAGCUCGAGCCACCCUUUGGCCUUCCGGAGCAUGCGAGGAUCAAGAACGCUCUGAUUGACAAUGAACAGAGGCGAGGUAGCUGGGUGACGAUAUUUAUGGACCCCCAAGAGGCUGGAGCGGCGAACUGGAAGGUUACCAAAGAGUUCAUAUCAAGGUGAAGCUUGACCUUACUUAUUUUGAUGAGCGACUUGCAUAGCGUGGUGAAUAGUUACUCAAUCUGUGUUUUUAAAACGAGCAGUGCGUUGAGGAUAGCGUGCAAAUGAUCGAGAGCUUAGAAAACAUGCCGUCGAGUAGAUCAACGGCAAUAAAGACAAUGAUUGACUACGUAUUGACAGCGUGGGGGCCACGAUUGCCGAG